AAGCUACCACCACUUUCUUUUUCCUCGAAGUCCCAAAUUUAAAUUAAACCAUAUACCAAACCAAAAACAAACUAUAAGGAAGACAAAUUUCAUAAAAUUCUAGAAAGGAAAAAAACAGAAAUGCUGAUCACAAACCUUCCACAACACUUUUUACCUUUCAAACUCUCUUCUUCUCUUUCAAUUCUCUUCCUCUACUUCUUCUACACUUUCCUACUUCUUGUUACAAACCCCAUUAAUAAUCACCUAGUUAAAGCUCACGUUUUUAUCUAUGCUGGUUGUUCUCAAGAUAAAUACCAACCCAACUCUCCUUUUGCUUCCAACUUAAACUCUCUACUCUUCUCCAUAGUUAGCUCUUCUUCUCAAGUUCUUUACAACAGCUAUGCUCUUGGAAAUGACAGUUCAGCCCCUCAAGAAGGUUCUAUUUACGGUUUAUAUCAAUGUAGGGGUGAUUUACAAUUAAAAGACUGCGCAACAUGUGCGGCAAGUGCAGUAAGCCAAAUAAACUUAGUUUGUUCCUACACUUUUGGGGCUAGUUUGCAGUUAGAUGGUUGUUAUUUGAGAUAUGAAAACACAGAUUUUCUUGGAAAACCAGACACAAGUUUAAGGUACAACAAAUGCAGUAAAAAUCAACUCGGAGCUGGAGAUGGUGAUUUCCUUAGGCGUAGAGAUGAUGUUCUUGCUGAUUUGGAAGGCGCGACGGGUUUUAAGGUUAGCAGUUCAGGUUCAAUUGAAGGGUUUGCUCAGUGUGUGGGUGAUUUGAGCGUAGAAGAUUGUAAUUCAUGUGUUUCUGAUGCUGUUAUGAAGUUGAAAACUAUGUGUGGAUCAGCUGCUGCUGCUGAUGUUUUCUUCGGUCAAUGUUACGCUAGAUACUGGGCUUCUGGCUACUAUCAUUCCUCUGAUUCAUCCAACGACGACGACGUAGGAAAGACAGUUGCAAUAAUCGUAGGAGUAUUAGCUGGUGUUGCUGUUUUCAUCGUUCUUCUCUCCUUUUGUCGCAAGGCUGUUGGGUAAAAGGAGAGAAGGAAGUUGAUGCAUGGUUCAAGGAGGUAGAAGGUGGACUUCUAUAGGUUCAAUAUUUGUUAAGAGAGUAAUUAUGAGUUCCACUUUCUCUGUUAAGAAAUUAUGAAAUUUUAUGCAUAAGAAUUAUGAACUUCUAUUUGUUUAUUAGGAGUUAUCAUGAUGAGUUCCACCCACUUUUGUUAUUUUUAUGUUAAAUACAAACAUUUGAUAUAUCCAAAAAGUUGAUUUCUAA